AUGGAAUCGCCCGCCACCAUGGAGGACAUGCCCAUUUUCUACGUCGGCCACCAUGAGACCCGCCGCAGCCAUCCCGUGACGGAGCUGCUGCUGCAUCAGGCCCAGGACCUCGGCUAUGACAUGCUUACUGCCCCCAUCACCAACGAGCACUUCCACACCCGUGUUCUGAAACUUCUCUCGGAGCAUUACGCUCAGCUGGAGGCUCGGCCUGCCGAAGACCUUCCGCUGCCGCUGAUCAGCCCCCUCACGCCCGACGACACCAUCCUGGCACCCGGCGACACCAUCUCGCAGCUACUCGCUCUUUCCAGCCCGUGGAUCGAUCUUGCUUCUCCCGAUCCCGUGAUUGCGCACGUAUCCCGCCAGGUUUUCACCCAGGAAGUUGCGUAUGCCUCGUUCUGCGGCGUUGGCAACAUCAUCGUUCAGGGUCCCAAGCUGCACCAUGGCGACAUUCAGGCCGCCGGCGUGUCUCAGUUUGCGCGCUCUAUCCAGGAAGCUCUGGCCGUCGGUCCUUACAUCAACAUUGUGAUCCUGCAGCCCAUGGUCGAUGACCCCAGUGUAGACCAGAAUGACGAGAUGGGGCACCUCGCUCCCUUCGCGCGCGAGAAGUAUCUGAAGACAUCUGGCUCCAAGCAGCCUGCAGCGCUUGACCUUUUCGGAACCUGGGAUGCGUGGAAUCUGAUCAGAACUGUAUCGUUGACUCUACCUCGCCAACUUCCUCCAAUUUCUGUUCAGUCCCGGUGGUUCUCUGAACCUCUGCGCCUCCUUUCCAUUCCUGGCUUUGCCUUUCUGAAGAACAAACGGGGAUAUAGCGUCCUUUCCGUCUCACAUCAGGCACUGCUAACCCGCUACACCCGCCUCCGCAACACGCCGUGGUUGUUGCUCUCGGACAUUGGCCCCAUUCCUGGCGUGGACGAUGAUGAGACCCUCAUGACCAUGUCAAACGGGCUGCUCUCUCCAGAGGCCGGCUCGUUCACACCCGGAUUCCACCCUUCGUCCGAGCCUACUCCCGCUGAAGCCGCCAAGCUGCCGGCAGGCAAACAGAAGCAACAAGCAGACCCAACUCCCCAUCUUAGCUACAUCCGCCACCUUCAGAAGAACCAGCCGCCCAAGUCGCAGAUUGAACGCUUCGGCUCUGGCUACCAAGAUUUCCUCCAAGCUCCACUGCAGCCUCUGGCGGACAAUCUUGAGAGCAUCACGUACGAGGUAUUUGAGAAGGAUCCAGUCAAGUACGAAUGGUACCAGAACGCCGUUGAACAAGCACUGCUGGACUGGGCCGCGCAGAAUAAGCAAGGCUCAGGUCCAGAUGGCAAGGUUGUCGUUGCUGUUGCUGGAGCUGGCCGUGGUCCUCUUGUGACGCGCUCGCUCAAUGCGUCACGCAACUCCGGUGUCAAAAUCGACAUGUGGGCGGUAGAGAAGAACCCGAACGCAUACGUACUGUUGCAGCGUCACAACCGAGACUCUUGGGCCGGUCAAGUCACUGUGGUCAAGUCCGACAUGCGUUUCUGGAAGGGUCCGCACCGCCCAGAUGGCUCCCACGGCCAUGUCGAUAUCUUGGUCUCCGAGCUGCUGGGCUCGUUCGCUGAUAACGAGCUGUCCCCAGAGUGCCUAGAUGGCGUGCAGCAUGUGCUCAACCCUACCCACGGAAUCAGCAUCCCCGCCAGCUACACUGCCCAUCUCACUCCUCUCUCGGCACCUAAGCUCCAUGCAGACAUCAACAACCGCACCCUCUCCGACCCUACCACCCCUGAGACUCCCCACGUCGUCAUGCUCCACCAGAUCGACUACCUCUCCACCCUCCCUGCCACGCCGGCCGCCAGUGGCAGCAGUAGCAGCAGCGGACCUGCCUCACCAGUCGCUGGCAGCUACGCCGCGGCGGCUAAAAAUGGCGCGUCUGCCGCCGCCAAGAAUUCGUCGGAAACCACCGCGCUUACGCCUGACGUUCAGCUCGUCUGGGAGUUUACGCACCCACUGCCGCCGGCCGUGCUGGCACAGGCGAAACUGCGGGAAGGCGGAAGCAUCGCGGGUGGCGCGGGCGGCGCGACGGGUGGCGACGGCGCCAACGAACACAAUAUGCGCUUCUCGCGCCUGUCAUUCCGCUGCGCCAAACGCGGCGUGUGCCACGGCCUCGGCGGCUACUUCGAGACGGUGUUGUACACGUGCGAGGGCGAGCAACCGGGGAAGUGGGGAAGGAAGAUCGAGCUCAGCACGAACCCGAAUACUAUCGAUGAGAAGAGCAAGGACAUGAUUAGUUGGUUCCCGAUUUACUUCCCGUUGAAGAAUCCGAUCUACAUUCCUGACGAUUCAGAGAUCGCGGUCAGCAUGUGGCGCCAGACGGAUGACCGUAAAGUCUGGUAUGAAUGGCUGGUUGAGGCGUUCGUAGACGUUGCGGGCAAGAAGUUGAGGGUUGCGGUGUCAGAUCUUCACUCGAGCAAGAAGAAUGGUUGUCUGAUGUAG